AUGUUUACUCUGGUUCGGAGGCCCUGGCUGCGCUGGCUGGGCUAUCUUACCUGCGCGCUCACGGUUACCUCAUAUCUAUCAAUCUACCUAGAGGAGAAUCCGCUUUGCGCGACUUAUACCUCUGAUCGGUCAUUGAUCCUUAGGCCGGGCCAGUUCCAACAGGUUGUUCGUGUUGCUCCUGUGGUGGACGAAAUCGAAUAUGAAGGCGCGGUUGAGGCAGAUGAGAUGGGCAUGGCCCAUGACAUAAGAAACAAACAAUUCUAUCGUGGUGGGACCCUAACCCUAACCAAUAGCGAAUUGGGCCGCGCCUCGCACCCUGUCCCAUAUAUCUACGACCCGUACCCAGCGUAUAACAGUUGGGAGUGGAAAAGGGAGUUCCGUGGGAAGUUUUAG